UUUAUAGCCCCGCAAUAACAAAUCACAAAAUAUUUGCGAUUCAGUUCUUUGAUUAAUAUUUAUUAUAUUGUGAUAUUAGAAGUGAAAUGGCGAACUUAAAGCAAGAUUUGGAUGAAUAUAUGUUAAUGAAUGAAGAUAAAAAGUCAUCUAGUUAUAAAAUUCCAAGCUUUAACGUAAAAAUGCCAAAAAUACCAUUUAUUAGCUCUGAAUCAUCUUCGUCAUCUACAACCAACAGCUGGCUAAACGAUCAAGAUGACAGCUCAUGCUGUCCCAAAUUGAAUAGACUACAAAGGAUAGCAGCAUGUGUGAUUUGCAUUGGGCUUGGAUGCUUCUGUUUGGUGCUUUCUACAUUCUAUAUACCAGUACUAGUAUUCAAAGCUCGCAAGUUUGCAUUAUUAUUUACAUUAGCAAGUUGCUUAUUUAUUGCUGGUUUUGCAUUUCUUGUUGGACUUAAAUCGCUCAUAUCAUCAAUGUUUUCAAAACAAAAGCUAAUUGUUUCUAUUUCUUACACAAUAUGUCUCAUUUUAACUUUGUACUUUUCAAUGUUUAUGCAAAGUACAGCUUUAACUGUAUUGUUUGCAGUUUUACAAAUAAUAUCGCUUAGUUUCAUGCUCUUCGGGAUUGCACCAAAAGGAACCAGUAGCUCUUUCAAAUUAUUUGGAACUUUAUUUAAACAUCAAGCUUCAUCAACUUUACCCAUUUGAUUCUGGUCAGUUCUAUAUAUUUUGAAAUUGAUAAUUAACAUGAAUCAUUUGUAAAACAAAAUUCCUGACAAUGUAAAAAUAAAAUACAUAUUUUUAUAAAUAUUUAA